AUGGCGUUGUCCUUCCUGUUCUUGACCCUCUCCCUCCUGCUUUCAUCUGCAAGCGCCGCAAUUCGUGAAUACAAUUUCACUGUUGGCUGGCUUAUCACAAAUCCCGAUGGACAGUUCCUCAGACCGACCAUUGGCAUCAACGGGCAAUGGCCCAUCCCACGAAUUGAAGCCGACGUGGGAGACAGGAUCAUUAUCAACGUGAAAAACGAUCUCGGGAACCAGACCACUUCGCUCCAUUUCCACGGUCUCUACCAAAUUGGUACAAACCAUAUGGAUGGUGUUGGGGGUGUUACUCAAUGUCCGAUUCCUCCUGGAUUCACCUUCCAAUAUGACUUCAAUAUAACCCAACCGGGCACAUACUGGUACCAUUCGCAUGUCAAUGGGCAAUAUCCAGAUGGACUACGGGGUCCGCUCAUUGUUCACGACCCGAAGAAUCCAUAUGCCGAUCUUUACGACGAGGAACUGGUCUUGACUCUUUCCGACUGGUAUCAUGACCAAAUGCCCGGUCUGAUCAAAAAGUUCAUGAGCGUGACCAAUCCCACAGGAGCCGAGCCAGUCCCUCAAGCGGCAUUGAUGAAUGAUAAGCAGAAUGACACAAUCGCCGUUGAACCCGGCAAGACAUAUUUCCUGCGCAUUGUCAACAUGGGAGCCUUUGCUGCGCAGUACUUUUGGAUUGAAGGCCAUACUUUCCGCAUCAUUGAAGUCGAUGGAAUCUACACUGAACCGACCGAGGCGAGCAUGCUCUACGUGACGUCGGCUCAGAGGUAUGGUGUGCUGUUGACCACCAAGAACGAAACCGACAGCAACUUUGCCAUCGUGGGAUCCAUGGACCAAGAUCUAUUCGACGCGAUCCCCAAGGGCCUAAAUCCGAACGUUACAUCUUACUUGGUUUAUGAUGACUCGAAACCCCUGCCGACACCAAAGGAGAUUGAAACCUUUGAACCCUUUGACGAUUUUGGGCUGGUACCAACUGACGGCGAAGAAUUGUAUGAGGAUCCAGACCUGGUGGUUCAGCUCGAUGUGGUCAUGGACAAUUUGGGCGAUGGCAAGAACUACGCCUUCUUCAGCGGCAUCACCUACGUCCCGCCCAAAGUCCCAAGUCUCUACACGGCCCUAACAACCGGCGACCUAGCCGCCCACCCUUCAAUCUACGGCCCCAACACGCACUCCUACGUUCUGAGCCAUAACCAAACCGUCGAAAUCGUCCUCAACAACCAAGACUCGGGCAAACAUCCAUUCCAUUUCCACGGGCACGUAUUCCAAACCAUUGUUCGCAGCGAAGACGAAGCGGGCGACUACGACUCGGCGCUCGUGUUAAACGGCACCGUCGAUCUGCCUCGUGUUCCUAUGCGGCGCGACACUAUUUUGGUCCGACCGAACGGCCAUGUGGUGAUGCGCUUCAAGGCCAACAAUCCGGGGGUGUGGUUGUUCCACUGUCAUAUUGAAUGGCAUAUUGAAUCUGGAUUGAUCAUGACGUUUGUCGAGAGUCCUCUAACGCUUCAACACCAACUCGCCGACAAAAUCCCCGCCAACCACUGGGCCGCAUGUGCCGCCAACGAUCCUCCAUAUCUUGUCGCCGGCAACGCGGCAGGACUCACUGAGAAUUUACUUGACGUCUCUGAAGCUCCGGCGCCACAUGCUCCGCUGCCCGACGGGUUUACGACCAAGGGAAUCGUCGCUAUGACGUUUAGCAUUCUUGCGGGUCUGCUGGGUAUUGCUACGGUUGCGUGGUACGGGAUGGGUGAGAUGGGGACGAUUGAAAAGGAGAAGGAAAAGGCGAAGAUUGCUAGGCUUACUUCUGCUGUUAUUGGUGCUGGGGAGCAGGAGCAUCAUGCGAAAGAGGCAGCCGCAUCAAUCGUGGUGGGGAAUGGUCAUGAUCAGACGAGCUAUGGGACGAGGGAUACGACAGCGCCUCACACUGCUAGUGGUGGUAAUGGUGGUGAUUGA